AAAGCAUCCCCCGCCAAGCCCGGGCGUUGGUCGAAGCCCGCAGCCUCCUGGGCAAAUAGAUCUGAAUAGUUGGCAAAGUCGUCCGGAUUUUGCUCCCAUCUCCCUCCGGGGUAGACCCGUUAUCUUCUGCAGCAGACUGGGGCGCGUCUGUCGUCGGCGCCACUGAUACAAGCACCCCGCAGGAGCGCGGAGCAGAAACAAGACUGGUGAACCACCAGACGUGGUCUGCGCUGGUGAAUUCAAGCGGUCACGGAUCUCAAGUAGCCGUGUAAGAAGCAGAAUUUCAGUUCUGUUUUCGUGCGUGACUCUGUUUAUUUCCUUUUAUACGCCACCAUGUUCAGCAAGAAGAAGCAGUCGCUGGACAUAACGCCCGAGAACCCGGUGUUCUACGUCUGUUAUCUGGGAAAGGUGAAGACCGAUCGGCCGAACGGGAAGGGCUGCACGGCCGAACCGACCAAGAAAAUAUGGGCCGCCAGGGAGAGCAUCCCCGACCGCAAGUUGAGAAAGGUGGCCCUAACAAUAACCCCAGAGGGCAUGCACAUGAAAGAGGUGGAACCUCUACAGAAAGGGACGCAGCCAAUCGACGAGUUGUUCAAGAUACAGAACGUGUCCUACUGCAUGGCUGACCUGGAACUCCCCAAGGUGUUCAGUUGGAUCACGGGGACGCCAGGAGGCAGCAAGGAGGACUUGUUCUGCCACGCGGUGCUGUGCAGUAAGAAGCAGAAGGCCCAGGCGAUGGUCAUGGUCCUCACGCACCAGUUCAGCGCCGCGUUCCGCACGUGGAAGCAAGACGCCAGCAGACAGGAGAGGAAGUCGUCCCUGAAGCAUAGCAGGAAGGAGUCGAAGGAAAAGCUGGUGAUGAGGGUGCCGAAACCAGCGGACGGGCAGAACAACAACCAGGGCUCGGAGUCCGGGUCCGCCCCGUCCUCGCCCUCAGCGGCCCCCAGUCUAGAGAGCGUACAGAGCGGGAUGGCAGAACUCCGGGCGCACGAGUCCUCCGGGUCCGAGAAAAACGGACAGGUGCCCGUCACGUCCGUCCAGACGGGCCUAGACGUGAAGGAGGCCGCCAUGAACCCGGAGGUACAAGCCUACAUGCAGGGGGACAAGUCUGAGAAAGAUGUAGAACAAAAUGACGACUAAGAACCAAGUUUGAGGAAAAUAUCUUCAGUAUUCACACAGAAGGGUAUGAUAUUAUAUUUUAGUGAACCAGACAGUAUGCAUUGUCUACUCCAAUGCUAUAUAUCAUGACCUUUUUUGUCUCUAAAUUUUUUUGUGGAAAUAAUGUAACGUUGUAGUUUCUGACCCGAAACAAAGUAUUAUGGUGGCUUGAGAGCAAACAGGUCGGAAAAGCCAUUGAAAUGCCGACAAGUGCUCUCCAACGUAUUUGUACAGAACUUGAGACAACAACACUUGUAUACGACUUGCAUGUGGCCGACAUUUUUAGUGCAUGGUCGAAAUUAGUUUCUUUUUCGUGUUAGCUUAAAACUGAGUACCAAAGUUCGCAGAUGUAACGUAUAGUGUAGUGAUCACAUGUGCAAAAUUGGCAUAAAGGCAUCACAACAAUGUAUCGCUAUGAAAUGUUAGCCUUUAUUGAUACCGGAAACUGAUUUUAGUUGUGGAAACGAAUGAAGUUUUGUGACCACCUGUUGAGCGUGACGGAUUGGGGGAAGGGGACGUGUUUUGGCGCACGUUUCCAAGGUAACGACAGUCCAGUCGGUAAUAUAGACAUAUUUAUGUCACCACUGUGCUCUUGAAGUUUAUUUUAGUCCACUGAAUAUACCAUCAAAUGUAUCUGAAUGUUGUUAAUGAAAGGACGUUGGUCGAGAUCACUUCUGUCGGUUGCAUCUGUCGCUGCGCACACUCCUUGUGUUGGCAAAAACAUGGCCGCGCGAUAUUGUAUGACACCGCAUCAUGUGAACCUUUCCCACGCCCGUGUAAGACCAACCCAAAACAAAGCCUAAUAACAAAUUUCCGUGCAUGUUUGUUGCCUCCCUGCAAAUCAUAACGUUGUGAAGUGAGGCAUGUGGCAGUUGUAGUGGUUGUUUGAAUAUUUUGGGUUAGCUCUCUUCGCGCUUGUCUGCUCUUGACUUAUUAGCCCGUAAGCGGAUCACUUGGCGACUGCUUUUGGAGUACGCCACGCAACGUUGGAUUCCUUUGUUGAACCAGACCAAGGAAAGAGUAGCAAUUACAGCAAAUAGAAAAAAAACGCACACACACGGCUGACUUUGUACUGAGGAUCCGGUAUACACGCAUUGGGGAAUCAU